UUCAAAUUCAAAAGUUGCAUUAAAUUUGUUAACUAUAAAAAAUGUAUAUACAAAUGUUAGUUUAGGUUUUUAUAUGAUAUAAAUUAAUAAUUAUACCUUGAAAAUGGAUAAUUAUAAAAGGGGGGCUCCUUAUAGGGCUACUAGAAUGUGGAAUGAAGUAGUAGUUGCUUUCCGUUCUGGUAUGCCAUUAAGGAAACAUCGCAGGCACAUGCGUUCAUUUGAAAAUUGCUUUUCUGCAAGUGAAGCAGUUGAUUGGUUACAUAAUUUUUUAAGGAGAAAUCAUAGUUUUGGACCAGAUGUUACCAGGCAGCAAACAGUUCAGUUAUUACAAAAAUUUAUGAAAGCUGGUGUCUUUGAAAGAGUUAAAUCAAAUUCAAAAGAUAAUCAAGAAGAUUUCAAAGAUAACUCACAAUUAUAUAAAUUUUCUUAUAAUACAUUAUCAACAAAACAAUCACCAUUAAUUGCAUUAAUUAGAGCGCCAUUGUCUGCAUUGAAUGUAAAUAAUUAUCCGAAAGUAGAUAAACCCAAGAAAUUUAAUUCUGUGCCAUUUUUUUCACAUGGUAAAUUUGGAAUAGAAAAUAAUAGAGUACAACUUCAGAAUGUUGAAUGUAUACCUGAAUGCUAUUUUGUAGCAAGAGCACUAUCUAUAAGAGAAAUUGAAAAUACUUGGAAAAGUGUCAUCAUUUCAAGGCUGCAAGAUAUAUUAAAAGGAAAAGAUAUUGAUGAAUUAAUUGAUAGAAAACUGAUUGAUGGCCACGUAAUUAUGCAUAAUGCUACACGUCUUAGCAAAACAGGUGUUGUGACAUUAACAGAUAAAACAGAUGAUCUUCCUCAUUGGGUUAUGUCUGCAAUGAAAUGUCUUACUAACUGGCCAAAUGCAAAUGGAAGUAGUAGUUGUCUUCCAAAUUAUCCAGGUUUUGAAAUGGAUGUUUUUAAGGUUGUUAAAGAUUAUUUUACUAAUAUGGGAAUUCCUCUUAUACCAUUUAAUUUAUAUAAACUUUUUAUGUAUAUAUUUGAAACUUUGUAUUAUCAAGCAGAAGAAAAUAAAAGUUUAGAGAAGAAUAAAGAAUUAUCAGAUAACAAUAGUGCAGCUACAUUUUCUUCUUUUGAAAAUCUGCUAAUGAAAAAUCCAGUUCAAUCUAAAGUAACUACAGAUUCAGAACAGAAAACCUCUACACCUUUAUAUCUAGCAACAGAAUUAAAUAAUGCUCAGAUGCCUUCUGAAUCAUCAUCAAUGAAACAGUCAUGUAAUAAUAGUGAGAAAAUCUGCGAUAAUAAUUGUGCGUUCAAUAAUUAUCCUGAGGAUUUUUGUUUUGAAACUGCAUUCAUUACUGUUAGUCCUGUUACUCGAUUGGUUGUGAAUUAUUCUAAAGAACAUGGUUCACAGUCUAGUCUGCACACCUUAACUAGUCAAGCAACAUCUGGAAUAGAAACUGCUAGCACAAUUAGUGCAUGUAGUCAUGCAUAUCCUCAUCAAAGAAAUUUUAUGAUAAGAACUCCUUCAAAUCAAUCUUUUCAUACAGUUAGAUCAGCUAAUGACCUCCAAGAUUUAACAGCAGCUAAUAAAUUAAGUUAUGUAAAUAAAGAAAUACAAGAGACUCCAAGAUGUAGUUCUGUAGAUAAUUUAAAUCGCUCACUUAGAUAUUCUGCUAAGAGAAACCAAAAUUUGGACUCUCGAACUUUAUGUACACUUCCAAGAAAAUUAACUACAAGUAUUGAGGGCUUUUCAAAAAAUACAGAAACUUGUGGAAUUAAAGGAUAUGGAAGUUUAAGACAGUUAAAAUAUGAUUAUAAGUUUAAAAAAGAAGAACAUGCAAGAAAUGUUCAAAAUUUAUCAAAUUGUAAACAUGUAUCUGGUACUGAGUGUAACAGCAAUCCAAAAGCAAUUGACAAUCAAAGUGAUACAACUAUGAAUUCAUAUUAUACUGCUCAUUCGAGUGAUGAUAAUUCCUGGAAUACUUGUAAAAAUAACACCAUAAGAGAAUGUUCAUUUAAUCAAAAUUCAUAUCUUCAAAAUAAUUCUCUACAUCAAUCGUCAGAAAGAUUAAAUCGAUCUAAAGAAAGAGAUUCUAUGAAGGAUUCAAGUCGCUCUUCUUCCGAUUUUACAGAUAAUGAUAACAUUCGGAAAAAUGAUCAUUUCUGGAAGAAACCAUCUCUUCAACUUGCUCGUAAGACCAUAAUUAGUUCUUUAAAAAUUCCUGUCUAUCGUCCUCCUACCCCUAUUUCAUGCAGCAAACGGGUUAAUCUGAAAAAAUCUGAAAAUGAAAGCAUAAAAUUUGUACAUGAUGAAAUUUUGCCUCCUCGUCCAGAACCAGAUGGAGAAUCUUCUUGUAACUAUAAAAUUAAUGAAGAUCAUAAACACAAAGUGAUUGCUGCUCUUCAACUUUGUUUGCUUUUACUUCCUUCUCCUAAUAGACGUCACUUACAUUUAUUGCUCAGAAUGAUAUAUAAAAUACUUGAAAAUAAUGAGUUAAACCUAUAUAAUCAUAUCAUGACACGAGAUUUUUUACUGAGCACCUUUACUCGUUGCAUAAUAUGCGCCGAGAAUGAAAUCGAUUACAAUGAAAUUCAAGCCUUAACAUUAAUAUCUUUCUUACUGGAUGAAUGUGAAAUAGUUUUCCAAAUUUCAUCUGCUCUGAAAGAUGAUAUUGCCCUUAAGUUAACUGAAAUGCAACGAGGAAGAAUCAAAUACACAGUGGACGAUUCUUGUAGCCUUGCUUAUUGUGAACAGGUAUCGUUACCACAGUACGAAGAACAAAAGAACAUAUUGUCCCAACAAGCUCUGGCCAACCUCCUGGAAAAUCUUAUCAGUAAUCCUAACAUGUCGGACAAAGAAAAAAGAAGAAAAAUAAAACAGUUUAAAGAAAACCAUUUGAACAUCUACUUAAAUCGUUUUCCCAACGAAGAUGCCGAAGCAGCUUUUUUUGCCAAGAAACCAAAACAGAAUCUCCUGUCCAGAAUUUUAAGUGUGAGGAUCUAAACAAUCAUAAGAUAUUAAUCAUCAAAAAUGGUAGCUACGAUCACACCAUCUACAUAAGAAUAUGAAUAAGUGUGUUUAUAUAUAUUUUGGAUUUAAUUCAGCAUUCACUAUUAUUUUUAUAGUCUAAUGAAUUGUUUAAGAUUGGUUUCCUUAAAUUUUUUCCCACGUGUACUGUACAUAUCUUCCAUGUUUAUCUUCCUCUAUUUGUUAAGGGUAUGUACAAAACAAUAUGACGAUAUUCAAUCAAUAUUUAUAAAAUACAUUACAAGUUUCAGAUUUUUCUCCCCUUAGUAUUUUUAUUUUAAGUAAGACAUUCUUUGCAUUGUUUCAAUUUAAAUCAAAGAUGAAAAGCUGCUUAAUAAACCAAUAGCUUAGUUUAAGCUAUUGGUUUAAGUGACAAAGUGCAGCUUUGUUUAGCGUCUUUACCCCCUUGACCUUUGACCCCUACUCUUUUGCCCCUGGCACUUGGCCCUCCUCCCCCUCCUCUUGCGUCUUCUUUUCUUGGCCC